UUUUUGUAGAUUUUGUACACAAACGACACAAACGCUCCAGGAAAAAGUAACAAAUUAAUUGCCGCGCUAAAUUAUCGACUCCAUUACGUUUGUUUUGCUUUAUUUACAGCGUUUAUAUUAACUUACUUCCCAAAGAUUAUGAUUACUGUUUAAUGCGUUAAUUCUUUUUAAUCAAAAUGCUUUGGCGUUGUCCAUAAAAACCUUAAAGUGUAACGGGGCUAUUUAUAAACGUUUUCACUCAUUUUUGUUUUGUGAUGCGAAUUCUGAUGAAGGUUAACUUGGCACCGGUUAAAGAACAAAAGUGAAUCGGAAAAAUAGCCCGACAAAACAUUUCAGCGAGAUGAUUUUUUGGAAAUAUAAGUCAAGGUUUACAGUUCUUGUAUUGAUGCUUUUUUUAACUUGCGGAAAAACCUCGUUUGUUGAUUAUAUAUGGCCUUCAUCUGAAAAUUCUAAUCCCGACACCGCGGUAGACACUUUGCCAGGGGUGCCGUACGAAUUGGCCGAAGGUGAUGAAGCGUUUUUGCGAGAGGCUUCAAAAUGGAUCGGGAAUAAUUUGUCCAAAUUGGAUUUUUGCCAUCAUAGGGUAAUCUUGAAGCUGAAAAACUCUUGCAACCAGUUGAAUGCUGAGGAGAUUGGCAAACUGGCCGUCAUGUUACUGAACUGUCAGUCUGACUCGGAAGGACGUCGUAUCUAUCCUUGCACUGAGCAGAUGAGCCUGAAGGAAUGUACGUCUAAUAUGGAUCCAGAUACAUGGAAUGCCUACCAUUUGGUGACGAAUCGUGCCAAAGCCGUUUGCGCUAGUGUACGCCAUGAUCAGUUUCGAGGACUAACCGAGCUUACCGUUAACAAAUUGAUGAGUACGGCGCACGAACAGAUAACAAUGAUGGGUCAGCUCGCGGAAAACCAGAAAGAAUUGCAAAGUGUCACACAGGAAGCGAUUGAUGAGAUGUCGGCUAAUAAUGAUCGAAUCAUCAGUCAGCAGGGUGAUAUUAUGAGACUGUCCGAAACCCAUAGGGCCAAAGUUGAAUCAAACUUCCGAGAACUAGUACGCGAGAAAAGUUUGAUUCGUGCUGGUCAACAAGAGGUAGCAAUUUUGCUGACAGAUUUACGUACUAGGAUCGACGAUAGUAUCAAGCAACUGGAGUCGCAAUCCAAAAGGAGCAAACUGAAUCAUGCUUCGUUGCUUUCAGAUAUGGAAACUUUACAAAAACAUGCUGCCAUGAUAUCGAACAAAAUUGACGAGACAGGAACACAUUUUGCAUCUCAUCACAAAGCAGCGGAAGAACAAUACCAAUACACAUUAGGACAGCUGCAAAAAAUUAACAAUACAGUUGCCAACAUGUUGACAAUGAUAGGUGCCUUACAGAAAGAUUUUAACCAAAAACUUAACUGGAUUACGGAAAAAGUUGGAGGAAGUGAUUACAUCUUAAGAAAGAUGAACACUAUUGUUGUACACUUCUGUUACCUUGUUUUAGGAAUGAUUUGUUUGUCCUUUAUCGGGGUAGAUAAAUUCAUUAGAAUUUUCUUCAUAUUAUUGGUACCGGGAAACCUUAUGGUUAACUUACUUGAUCUUUUCGAAUCUGAUGUCAUCCAGUUGAGCGUAGUAUUAGUAAGCUUCAUUUUAGCCGACGUAAUCUGUCGAAUAGCGCUCAAGUUCGUCCCAAAACCGCCAAGAUCCAAUCAAUCAAGACACAGGCGCCGUAAUAAUCAAACCGAGCCCUCAGUACCAUCACAACCGCAACCGGGCACUUCCAGGCGUGAUCUUGAAGUUCCUGUUCCUGCGAGCCGUUCGCAAGAUCAAACAGAGGAAGAGAAUGACCGGUUAUCUUAUCUUGGGACUUUACGAUCGAGGUUUUCACGUGAGAGAUCUCAAACUCCUUUAACUAGAAACGGUUCAGUUGGGAGACGAAGUAUGACUCCACUAACUGAACACGGUGAUUCGGAGGAAGAUGAAGGCGAAGAAUUGCAACAGAGGCAGCAGCAAUGCACUGCAAGAACAUUACGUGGCGAACGGUGCCGAAGUGUUGCCCUGACCGGAAGAGAUUUUUGCAGAAUGCAUGACCAGAGAGGAUUGUGACGAACUCAGUUGCAGUUCAUUUUCUCAUCUAGCGGUAGUUUUUAUCCUCGCGUGUUUUUUCUUUCUUUUUUAUUUUCUACUCUAAAAGUUUUUUCACCAGUUGAGUACAAUCAAUAAUAAUUUUUAGAUU